CUCGCCACAAAACAAAACUGCUCGGCUUUGAAAAUAUAAAGAUAAAACGUCAAAGCCGACAACGAUGAUAAGAUAAGAAAGUCUAUAACGAAAACGGAAAAUAAUAUACGCAUAGAAUUCACCUGAACGAUUUUUCAUUACAGUCAUAUAUUUUUUAUUCACACGGACAACAAACGCGAGAGUGAAAUUCACGGACGAAUAAAGUUAACUUUAUUUCUCUUUCCGUCGUUUUACGAUAUAUCGAUUAAUUGUGUGCAACUCUAGGCUAGUCCCAAGAUUUCGCUACUAGUUUACGUGAAACCAAGUGCUGGUUGGAAAUAGAGUGUGGCGGUGUUUCAGAGAAAGUGCAGUGAAUUAUAUAAGGAAAAAUACGGAAAUGGCGGCCGAUAAUCCCUACAAUUUAAAUGCUGGGAUGAAGUGUGUGAAGUAUAUGUUGAUCAUCAUCAACUUCAUGUUCCUGCUUACAUCGAUUCUUUUGAUUCUGGUUGGAACAACAAUCCAAACUAUCUUCGGAGAUUUCAAAACAUUUAUAUAUGAAAAUUUCCUAUCACCUCCCGCACUCCUUGUAGCCGUCGGAUGUAUCCUAAUGAUCGUUGCCACAUUUGGAUGCUUCGGGGCUCUACGAGAAAGCACUAUGUUAAUAAAUGUCUAUGGAGUUUUCCUUCUUCUGGUGUUCAUUCUCGAAGUUGCCGCCGCAAUAGCUGCUUUCGCUCUGCAGGGCCAAAUUUACAAUAUGUUGGUUCGUACCAUGGGAUCAGCUUUGCACUUCUACGAGACUGAUGAAGCUGCUCAUGCUGCCGUUGAUUUUAUGCAAGAAGGGCUCCAAUGUUGUGGCGUUUUUGAUCCAAAGGACUGGGAUACAUUACUCAAUGUGCCAGAAGGAAAUGAUACCUCCAAACUAUAUGUACCAAACUCUUGCUGUGCUGGAUUCAAUGAUGAUUCACAAGAAUGCGUAUUCUACUACACAUCUGGAUGCCUGAACAGGAUGGUCUUCGUCAUCUCGCAGAGUGCGACCCUAAUCGCUACCGGAGCAACAACUGUAGCUUUUGUUCAGCUACUUGGUGUCGUCUGCGCCUUCAUGCUAGCCAAAACAAUUCGCCGUACUAAAUCACUACGUGCAGCUCGGAAAUGGCAACUACAGCACAGCCUUGGUUUGGACGCCAGCGGUAAGAGCGUAUACGAUCCACAAUAUACGCAAUUGGAGAAGUCUGAAUUGACAACGGAGCCGAUCACCUACAAGAGUCCAAGUGUGAACUAGGACAUUUAUGCUAUAUGCCAUACGUGGUACUUCAUGUAUUAUUGCAAAACCAAAAACAAUCUAUUUAAAUAAAGCUUUAUUUUGUAUAUGCUCUUGAGAAAUAAAUAAAAGGUCUUUAUAUUAUA